AUGACCACACAAGAAUUUAAACCCGACGAAGAAAAAUCUGAUUGUGAGAAUUUGAUAGUAAAAGAUGAAGUGGCUAUAGAAAACACAUUGUCUCCUUUAAAAAUGGGGCCACCUUUGAUUACAAAGGUGCCUAAAAGAUGCACGAAACCUUAUAGGCAGGAUUCUUCAUUUACAUGUAGCGUCUGCCAUAUAUCGUUCUCGUCAAAUCAACAGCUAAAACACCAUAUAAGACGGAUACACUUCAAUCUUAGAGCCAAAACGCCCCAAUACGAAUUCAAAUCAAUAAACCAAGUAUGGUUCGAGAAGGUUAUGAACUCCCACGAGUUGAUGGAGAUAAAGAAAACUGGUCAAAAUAAAUUGGUGAUGAAAAAAUCGGAACCUAAUUUCACUGUCCAAAUCGCUGAAGUGGAUAACGCGAUGGACUUAUCGUAUUUAUACCCAACAAACUCAAAAUCUCAGAAGAUUCAAUGCGAUAUUUGCAAGAAUUUUGUAUUAAAAAAGGAUUACAAAGAGCAUCGCGCAGAACAACAUGAUUUUGCAACAGAAAUAUAUAACAGCUUGACUUGA